ACAAUCAGCUCUGCCUGCAGUGAGAGGAGGCUUAGUGAGAGGACUCUGCCCUAAUAUCUUCUGAAGAGAACAUCAGUAUAUGUGGUUAUUUUCAGAGGAGGUGAAAGCAGUUUGAACUUUCCCCGAUGGCUCCGUCCGGCCGCUUGCUCGUGAUGCUACAGCUCCUCAGCUGGAUAUCAGUCGGCCUGGCCUGUUUCUGUGACCGAUACCCCUGGGGAUCCUGGUCCGCCUGCUCCAAGAACUGCAACUACGGUACACAGCACAGAUCCAGGAGAUUUACUUAUGAUGAUUAUUACUGGAAGAGCAGCUGCCAUCAGCUGUGUCAGAAACAUGACAGGAGAGCUUGUAACGAGCAGAACUGUCCAAUCGACUGCCUGCUGACAGACUUCGGGGCUUGGUCUGACUGCUCGCCGUGCGCCAAGAAACAGUAUCGGACGCGGUCUGUCCAGAGGCCGUCCCAGUUCGGUGGAUCGGCCUGCAGCGUGGAGCUGAAAGACGAUCGGCCCUGUCACCCCCCCACAGAGUGCAUGUUAGCACCCAUCGACUGCAGAGGCGACUUUAAGUGUGAUAAUGGACGCUGCAUCAACUCAACGCUGCUAUGCAACAGGCAGAACGACUGCGGAGAUAACUCUGAUGAGAGGGACUGUGGCGACUUCAAGAUAGUGUGUCCAGCAGAGAAGAGAGUGGCCCCCGGGGCUGACCUGAUUGGAAAUGGAUUUGAUGCUCUGGCAGAGAGGCAGAGGGGAGCAGUCCUGGACAAUAUGUUUAUGGGAGGAAGUUGCAUCAUCAGGAGGCCUCCGACCACGCUGCUCUACCAUCGCGUCCCUCACAACUUUGAGAGCUUUGACAUUAAGGUUGGAAAGCUGGAAGACUUCAGCACCGAGCCCGAGACGCUGCACAGCGAGCCCAUUGAUAUGAAGACGUCCAGUUCGUCUGGAAACAGCCAACAACAUCAGAACAGUUUUUUCUUCCCCAUCUUUUUCUUCAGUGGGAGAUCUAUGUCGCAUACCGGCUCUAACAAGGAAGCUUUUGAAGCUUCAAAGAAAACGGACUCUAAGUUUCUCCGGGUGCACCAGGUUCUGACCGUAUCCACGUUCAAGGUGAGAGACCCGGAGGACCUCGUCUUGUCGCAGGACUUCCUCAAGUUCCUUCACGCUCUUCCUCUCGAGUACAACUACGCCCUCUACAGGGACAUCUUCCAGCGCUUCGGGACACACUACUACAGCUCAGGCAAACUGGGAGGCAUCUAUGACCUGUUGUACCAGUACAGCCGAGAGGAGCUCUCCAGUUCAGGAGAAACGGAGGAGCACAUCAAAGACUGCCUGGGCCGAGAGAUCGCCUGGACCGUCAUCCUCUACACACAAUACAGCAGUGUAACCCGAUGCACCGACAACAGAAUGACUGAGAAAUAUCAAGGCUCGUACAUUCAGACGGCAGAGAAGUCUUUCUCUAUGACGAGAGGAGGUCGACCCAGAGAGGCAGCAGCUCUGGCCUGGGAGAGGCAAGGCCCCGCUCCGGACAAAACAUCCUACAAGAACUGGGCCAAGUCUGUUCUCGACAACCCUGUUGUGGUCGAAUCCAAGGCGCUUCCCAUUAUAGAUCUGGUUCGAGGGAUCCCAUGUGCUGCCACAAAGAGGAGACACCUGAGGAAGGCCCUGCUUCAAUACCUGGACGAGUUUGAUACCUGCAAGUGCUCUCCCUGCCCCAACAACGCCAGGCCAGUUCUCUCCGGCACAGAGUGCCAGUGUGUUUGCCAAACUGGCACAUUUGGCUCUAACUGUGAGACACGGGCUCCUGACUACACUUCAGAGGCGGUGGAUGGUUACUGGAGCUGCUGGGGGCCGUGGAGUAGCUGUGGAGCCUCAAUGAAGAGACAUCGGAGGAGGCGGUGUGAUAACCCCGCCCCCCUCAGAGGAGGCCAACCCUGCAAGGGUCCAGGCAGCAAUGAGGAUCCAUGUCACAUCUCCUUCUUUGCGAGACAGGAGACCUGUGACAAUGAUGACGACUUCACUGUAGGCUGGAGGGACGAGCUGCCACCUGGUGUGCAGGGGUGUCUGAGGCCACAGAGGCCCGGCAACAGCUUCCUCAGGAAAGCGAAGCAGUAUUAUAACUUUGGUGAGGACGAAGAGUUCCAGUGCUACACUGGAUUUGACCUGGAGGGGUUUCAGUUCAUCAACUGCCUUCCUGACGGGUCGUGGAGUCAACCAAGCGGAAAAUGCAUCAGGAAACUGUGCCUUCCUCCUGAGAUCCCUGAUGGCAUGAUGCUGUUGCCCAACAAAGACGAGUACAAAGUGGGGGAAUCCGUGGGUUUUAACUGUAAGGAGAUUAACCUGGUGCCGCUGCCACAAGGCUUCCACAAAUGCAGCGAAAGUCUCACCUGGGAGCCUCCAUUACCUGCUAACCUACGCUGCACUGACGAGGAACCAUUUGUUCCGGAGGCUCAGUGUGGUCCGGGAGAGAAACUGAUGGACUCUAAAUGUGUCUGCAUUCAACGGGAGAGCUGCCUCUCACAACCGGGGACUCUCUGCAUCCUGAACCUCGACGUCGGCGUCACCGUGUCAAUGUCCCUCUGCUCCUUCAGCGCUGGUCUUUGCCACGGUGAUCCGCUCUACUUUGUCAAUGAGGGCGCAUGUGACGCGACCGAUUUGGCCAAACUGGAGUGGGCAAAGUUCCGAGCAAACAUGUCCUCUGAGAGCUCUGUUCGGGUGCCCUGUGAUCUUGACACGUGUUAUGAAUGGGAAACCUGCUCCACAUCCAAGAAGUGCGAGUGCAAAGUUGCUCGGGAUUGCCCCAGAAAUCAAGAGCACAUGUUCUGUGUGAAGCUGACCAGGACCCAGAGGACUCGCAGCAUGGACCUUUGUACUAUGGCAGCCCUCAAAUGUGCCAGCUAUAACUUUGAGAUUCUCAAUGAAGGCGUCUGUGAGUCCAGAUGAUCCUUGAAAAAAAGCUUUUCUGUGCCUUUGCACCCAAUCUCGGAAUUCAUCUAACUUUGUUACUCUUUAAAAAAUGUACAUUUAUAAAGUAAAACUAGACUGGCAAGCAGGUAUAAUGGGGUCCAAGCACCCGAAGCAACUCAGAACUUAAGUGCACAUAACUGAGAAGAUGGGAAAACCAAGAGCAACUCAAAUUUGUGCUUGAACAGGAGGUUUAGGAUUGGUUAGAUUGGUUUUGAUGCAGUUCAUGUAGUACGCUUUCACAGGAAACCGUGGACAACAAUGUAUCAUCAGAUUUUCACCAAAUUUAGCAUGAACAUACUGGAGGAUUACUGGAUGUGAUUCCGUAACGUGUCAUACCGCCACCUAAUGUCAGAUUUAGUACGGGAAAUGUGAGGUACAUGUGGAAUGAGCAUACCAAAUGUGUGUCGUUUGGAUUAUGUAUUGGUGACCUAUAGCAAAAAUCUCAUUAAAUAUUCAAACAUGUGUGAAA